CUUCAUUACAGGCAUCCGGAUCUGUAUCCGUUUCCACAGGAACAAAAACCACCAACAAAACGGGUAUGACCGGUACCGGUACGACGGGCGUAACAACUGGUGGUGGGGCCGGUGGACGCAAAAAAUCCGGCCCUAAAUUUGAACUGUCCGACGAGCAGCGGCAGGACAUUAAGGAAGCGUUCGAUCUGUUCGAUUCCGAGGGUACCGGCAUGAUCGACACGAAGGAGCUUAAGGUGGCGAUCCGUGCGCUCGGGUUCGAACCGAAGAAGGAGGAGAUUAAGAAGAUGAUUGCCGAAAUUGAUAAGGAUGGUUCGGGAAAGAUUUCGUUCGAUGACUUCCUGCAGCUGAUGACGGUGAAGAUGGCGGAGAAGGAUUCGAAGGAAGAGAUACUGAAAGCGUUCCGGCUGUUUGACGACGAUGAAACGGGCACGAUUUCGUUCAAGAAUUUGAAGCGAGUCGCGAAAGAGUUGGGCGAAAAUUUGACGGACGAGGAGCUGCAGGAAAUGAUCGAUGAGGCGGACCGGGAUGGGGAUGGGGAGGUAAACCAGGAAGAGUUUUUGCGGAUUAUGAAGAAAACUAGUUUGUAUUAGGGGAAAAAGCGAAAG